UGUUCCGCCAGUCGUCCAUGUUCGUGCAGGUGGCCACCCGCUCCGGCCUGCACCUCCAAGUGCAGCUGCAGCCCCAGAUGCAGCUCUACGUGAGCGUGUCCGUCGCCUACAAGAACCGCACCUGUGGACUCUGCGGGAACUACAACGACGUGCUGGCGGACGAGCUGAAGACGUCGUGCGGCCUCGUGGAGGCCACCUCCACCCCCUUCGCCAACUCGUGGAAGGCGCAGACGGGCUGCCCCGACACGGCCGAGGAGCUGCAGGACCCGUGCUCCAUCAACGCGCACACCGCCCAGUACGCCGAGGAGACCUGCUCCAAGCUCAUGGACCCCCAGGGCCCCUUUGCCAAGUGCCAUGGGGUGGUCAACCCCAACCAUUUCUACAAGACGUGCCGGCACGACACGUGCGAGUGCGAGAGCCCGGAGCGCUGCGUGUGCGCCGCGCUGGGCGCGUACGCACACGAGUGCGCGGCGCGCGGACACGUGCUCAUCGGGUGGAGGGGGAAGGCGGGCGUGUGCACCGAGGCGACGCAGCAGUGCGGCGAGGGAGAGGAGUUCCAGUACGGCGCCUACGCCUGCAACGGCACGUGCACGUCGCUGUCGCAGUUCGACGCCUCGUGCCUGGUGACGGACACGCCCGUGGAGGGUUGCGCGUGCGACGGCUACCGCACGCAGGAGGGCACCUGCGUGGACGGGCCCUCGCUCUGCCCCUGCUACAUCAACGGCCAGGCCAUCGCUCCGGGCAUGACCAUCACGCGCAACGGCGCGCAGUGCCUGUGUCGCCGUGGGGUCAUCCAGUGCAAGGCCAACCUCGUGGCAGAGUGCCUCCCCCCACGGGUGUUCGUCGACUGCCAGGCUGCCCUGCCUGGGGUGCAGGGGCUGGCGUGCGAGCGGACGUGCCAAAACCCCGACAUGGAAUGUUACACGCCCGGCUGCGUGUCGGGCUGCAUGUGCCCCGAGGGCACUGUGCUGGACAGCGCCGAUGGAUGCGUGCGCCCUGACCAGUGCCCGUGCCAGCACAACGGCCAGAGCUACAGCCCGGGCGACAGAGUGGCUGUCGACUGCAACACGUGCACGUGCGAGGGCGCUCGCUGGAGCUGCACGGACGACGACUGCAUGGGGCUGUGCUCCUUCUACGGGGACGGACACUACACCACAUACGAUGGGCGGCGCUUCCUGUUCGACGGGAAGUGCGAGUACAUCCUCUCGCAGGACUUCUGUCCGUCCAACCCUGCGGGCGGAAGCUUCCGCGUCAUCACAGAGAACAUGGCGUGCGGAACCUCGGGCGUCGCCUGCUCCAAGAGCAUCAAACUCCUGCUCGGGGACGUGGAGAUCCGCUUUGCCGAUGGCGAUCACAGCAUCAGCUCCGUGACGAGCGGGGCGGGCCCCCACAUCCCGUACAGGAUGCGGAAGCUGGGGGGCACCCACAUCGUGGAAGCCGCCAACGGGCUGCUGCUGCAGUGGGACGGGGGCAACAGCGUGCGCCUCAUGGUCUCCUCCGACAGCCGGGGCCGGCUGUGCGGGCUGUGCGGAGACAUGGACGGAGACUCCCUCAACGACUUCACGGUGCGAGGCCAGGUGGUGGUGGCGAGCCCCGUGGAGUUCGGGAACUCCUGGCAGGUCUCGUCCCUCGCGUGCGCGAGCACCACCGCCAACGCCGACCCGUGCUACAUGAACCCGUACCGCAAGGCGUGGGCCGAGCGGGAGUGUUCGCGCAUCAUGGGCGACACGUUCAAGGGCUGCCACGCCAAGGUCGACCCCCUGCCGUACUACGAGGCGUGCGUGCGUGACUCGUGCGGCUGCGACAUGGGCGGCGACUGCGCCUGCUUCUGCACGGCCAUGUCGGCCUACGCGCAGGCCUGCCGCGACGCCGGGGAGUGCAUCGCCUGGAGGUCCCCGGUCAUCUGCCCGGCAUUCUGCGACUACUACAACGAGCCGGGCCACGAGUGCGAGUGGCACUUCGAGCCGUGCAAGAAGCCGUGCAUCCAGAGCUGCCGCUACCCAGAGCAGAACUGCUCCACCCACCUCCCCUCCAUUGAGGGCUGCUUUCCCACGUGCCCCCCUGAGUUCCCUUUCCUAGAGGAGAACAGCAUGAAGUGCGUGGCGCUAGAAGACUGUGGCUGCUAUGACUCUGACGACCCGAGCAUCCACUACAACACGAGCGAGACCGUGCCGUCGUCCAAUCGCUGCGAACACUGCCUGUGCACGGCGGAGUCGCGCAUCGAGUGCACGCCCGUUCCGGAGUGCGCGUGCAUUUGGAACGGGACCGAGUACCAGUACAAUGAGACCAUCUACGUGGUGGGCGACGGCAUGGGCGUGUGCUACAAGGCUUACUGCGGUGAAAAUGGCAACGUCUUCUACCGCGUGGUGACACCGUGUGGCAGUGACACCAUCCCCAAUAUCGGCACCACUGGCCCUACCGCCAGCACCACUGGCCCCACCGCAAGCACCGUAUUCACCACGGUUGUGUCAGUGACAGCUGGACAGAUGUACACAACACCAACCAGCAGAGCUACACCAACACCAACCAUGCCGAACAGGACUCCAUCAACACCAGGCACUCAAUCACCACCAGCCACCCCAUUUCAAACACCAAACACACCAUCAACAGCAAGCCCAAAAACAGCAGGCACAAUUUCCACCACUCCCAGCUCCCCACCCUGCACGCCCCACUGCGAGUGGUCACGCUGGAUCUCAUCUGAUUACCCCAGCUACGAUGGGGUGGGAGACAAUGAGACGUUUGCUCACAUCCUGGAAGUAGAAGGAGAAGACAGCAUCUGCUUGGAGCCGAGUGACAUCGAGUGUCGAAUCUAUGGCUCCUUGAAUAACAAACUUCAGCCGGGAGUGACCUGUGACAAGGACGAAGGGCUGCUCUGUCUCAACAAAGCCCCCCUCUUCUUCUGCGAUGACUACGAGAUCAAGGUCCUGUGCUGUUCGGGCUGUGAGUCGGGCGGCCCAACUACGACCCAAGAAACACCUACAUCAAGCACACCACCAACAAUCGCAAGCACAACAACACCAGGCACACCAUCAACAGCAAUCUCAAUGAUUUCCACCACUCCCAGCUCCCCACCCUGCACGCCCCACUGCGAGUGGUCACGCUGGAUCUCAUCUGAUUACCCCAGCUACGAUGGGAUGGGAGACAAUGAGACGUUUGCUCACAUCCUGGAAGUGGAAGGGGAAGGCAGCAUCUGCUUGGAGCCGAGUGACAUCGAGUGUCGAGUCUAUGGCACCACGACGAACGAACUUCAGCCGGGAGUGACCUGUGACAAGGACGAAGGGCUGCUCUGUCGCAACAAAGACCCCUUCUUCUUCUGCGAUGACUACGAGAUCAAGGUCCUGUGCUGUUUGGCCUGUGAGUCGGGCGGCCCAACUACCACUUCAGGAACAACUCCAUCAAGCAAACCACCACCAACAACCGCAAGCACAACAACACCAGGCACACCAUCAAUGGCAACCCCAACGAUUUCCAUCACUCCCAGCACCCCACCCUGCACGCCCCACUGCGAGUGGUCACGCUGGAUCUCAUCUGAUUACCCCAGCUACGAUGGGGUGGGAGACAAUGAGACGUUUGCUCACAUCCUGGAAGUAGAAGGGGAAGGCAGCAUCUGCUUGGAGCCGAGUGACAUCGAGUGUCGAAUCUAUGGCUCCUUGAAUAACGAACUUCAGCCGGGAGUGACCUGUGACAAGGACGAAGGGCUGCUCUGUCUCAACAAAGCCCCCCUCUUCUUCUGCGAUGACUACGAGAUCAAGGUCCUCUAUGGUGGGGUGGGAGACAAUGAGACGUUUGCUCACAUCCGAGAAGUAGAAGGAGAAGACAGCAUCUGCUUGGAGCCGAGUGACAUCGAGUGUCGAGUCUAUGGCACCACGACGAACGAACUUCAGCCGGGAGUGACCUGUGACACGGACGAAGGGCUGCUCUGUCGCAACGAAGAACCCUUCUUCUUCUGCGAUGACUACGAGAUCAAGGGCGUAAUCUUCUGCACGAAGCCGGUCGCUAUUGAGUGCGAGGCUGUGGGAUUUCCCGGAUUGCCGCCCGACGAGAUUAACGACAACGUCACCUGUGACGUGACCAGCGGCUUCCAGUGCUUCAACUCGGAUGGCUCAUUUGAAGCCAGUUGCUUCAACUUCCGCAUCAGACAACAGCAAGCACACCAACAACAGCAGGCACACCAACAACAGCAGGCAGCACAACAACAGCAAGCACAACAACAGCAAGCACAACAACAGCAAGCACAACAACAGCAAGCACAACAACACCAAGCACACCAACAACAGCAAGCACAACAACACCAGGCACACCAACACCAGCAAGCACAACAACACCAAGCACACCAACAACAGCAAGCACAUCAACACCAAGCACAACAACAGCAACCACAACAACACCAAGCACAACAACAGCAAGCACAACAACAGCAAGCACAACAACAGCAAGCACAACAACCCCAAGCACAACAACACCAGGCACACCAACAACAACAAGCACAACAACACCAUCAGUCACACCAUCAACAGCAAGCACAACAACAGCAAGCACAACAACACCAUCAGUCACACCUUCAACAGCAAGCACAACAACAGCAAGCACAACAACAGCAAGCACAACAACCCCAAGCACAACAACACCAGGCACACCAACAACAGCAAGCACAACAACAGCAAGCACAACAACACCAUCAGUCACACCAUCAACAGCAAGCACAACAACACCAAGCACAUCAACAGCAAGCACACCAACAACAGCAAGCACAACAACAGCAAGCACAACAACACCAGGAACACCAACAACAGCAAGUACAACAACAGCAAGCACAACAACACCAAACACACCAUCAACAGCAAGCACAGUAACAGCAAGCACAACAACAGCACGCACAACAACACUAGGCCCAACAACAACAAGCACAACAAUUUCCACCACCC